GCCAAAUAAUGUUGCCAAGAUGUAGCGGAGCACUCAGCUCACUAAAAAACAUAACACAUAGAAACCAUAUUCAUGGUUCUGCUGCAGCUGUGGCUCCAGCUCCUACUCCCACCAAACAACCGGUAAAUCUGGAUAAAUUGUUUUGGUCUAAGCCUUGUUCCUUGGCUUUGCCCCUGGAUUCUCCCCACACAAUUUAGGAGCCACAGUAUGAGGGCAUUAAGCGUUUUAUUCUCCAGCUCAUGUUGUUUUAUAGUAAACACUAAACAAAGCAAGUCUAUUCGAGACGCAAAUGUGAUAUAUCGGCGAGUCGUUUUGCAGGUUGAUAAACCUGCCAUAUAUGAAGAGGGUAAGGAAGGCGUUGAGCUUGGUCAAUAUCUGUAUGAGAUCUACAAUCAUGACGUAGAGCUGAGAGUAUCCAAAGCUGGGGUUAACUUACGGUUGUCAAAAUGGAUGAAGGAGUCGGAGAAAAUAUUCUAUGGAAAUAUUGUUGCUUAUGAUGCUGCCAUGCUUCCAGAGGCUAAACAGGAUGAACUACAAAAUGCAGUGACUUGGGUAAUAGCCAGGGGUCCUUGGGUGAGGAAUAUCUUUUCUGAUGAUGGUACUUCAAAGCCAGAUGAUGCUGCAUUACGGGCAGUUCAGGCUAUGACAAGGUAUGUCCGUCGGGAAGUCAGUUGCCUAUCUUUAACUGGCAAAGAAGCUAUCUUUUCUGGGAAUUUCAUGUUCACCCCAUUAGAGAUUAUAGGAUCUGGUCCAUUGAGAAAGUAAAAUGGCUAAGAAUCCAUUAAUGCAUAAUGGAGAUCAUGUUGAAAGCAUUCUCGCAGAAGGAGAAAGGGAUUGUAGUCUCUUCUGUUAAUUUAUCAUUGUAAAGUGGGUGCAUUGUCAUCUGAAGCGACUACUUCGUUAUAAGCUUACAUUCAAGUGGUUCUGCGAUAAAGUGAUCAAGUUGAUGAUUUGUUCAAAGUUGUUGAUUGCUUAACUGUAUUACAAUUGAAUUCGAUUUUUAUUUUUUGGGUGAAAAGCCCCGAUGAGAAAUAUACAACACUUGAAUUCUAUAAUAAGGUGGAAGAAUGGUGCAUUUAGUAGUGUUAGUUAUUUCAAAUUAUAGCAGUUAACUGAAACAAUGUCCAAUACUCUGUUUCAUUUUUUUUUUUUUUUUCUUUUUGUACUCAUUUUGGAGA